AUGGAUCCGAUCCUGUCCCGCUACGGGCGGACGGGAGUGCGCCGGUACUUCAGGGCCGAUGCCGCCUUCGCCAAGCCGGACAUCUAUGAGUACCUGGAGGAGCGGCGAGUCUUCUACGCCAUACGGCUGCCGAGCAACAAAGUGCUGCAAUACGAGAUCGCUCCACUGCUGAUACGACCUGUGGGGAGGCCGCCGAAACGUCCGGUGAUCCUAUACGACGACUUCUGGUAUCGUGCUGAGAGUUGGGACGCGCUCGGCGUGUGGUGGCCAAGCCGAGCAGUGGAUCAAGGAGGGAAGUACGCCCUGAACUGGACUCGGCUGUCGUGCCAUCGGUUCGUGGCCAACCGGGUGCGUCUGUCUCUGUUCAUUCUGGCGUACAACCUUGGGAACUUCCUUCGCCGGCUGUGUCUGCCCAAGGCGGUCAAGCACUGGUCGCUGCGGAGCGUGCAGGUCAAGCUGAUCAAGAUGGGAGGCCGUCUGGUGCGGCACUCCCGGCGAUUGAUCUUUCAGUUGUCCGAGGUGUCGGUUCCUCGACGGUUGUUCCAGGGAGUGUUGGAUCGUAUCGGCCGGUUAUCGCCGGCGCCAAGCUGA